UUUUAAAGCCCUCAUUCCUCUCAACCACCGUUCCAUUUCUUCUUCUCACGAAUCCUCGAAACAAGCAAUCUUCCUUGGCUUCCUAAAGGCCCGUUGUUGUGGGUUAUCCUAACAAAUCUGCAAAGAGUCAGGGGGAAAAUAAACACCUUUUAAUGGCAUCUAGAGUUUCUCUAAAGACUAAAGGCAAAGGGGGGAAGGGAUUUAAGGGCUCGGAUGAGAAAUCAGCUGCGCAGUGCUUGAAAGACUGGAGCACAUGGACUAUGAAGAAAGCCAAAGUGGUAACACACUAUGGCUUCAUUCCGCUGGUGAUCAUCAUCGGCAUGAACUCUGAACCCAAACUCCAGCUUUAUCAAUUGCUAAGCCCUGUCUGAUUAACUUGUUUAACUAUGUAAUUGGUUGUUGCCUAUCUGUCGAAUCUACAUGGUAUUAUGUUAGGGGCUUGUCUUUUACAUGAUGUUGGCUGUUUUAACCUAUAUGCCUAUGAAUAAUCACGAGCGGUGGUGCAUUUUAUG